CGCGGUAAAGUAAAUAUCCUAUCGAUAUUAACCUUUGCAAUUCAAUCCCUAUAGUCUCUACUUUCAGUCAAUAUCUUUAAGUGAUAAUGGUACACAGCUCGGUCUACCACAGUGUUGUAUAAAAUCGUCAACAAACUCCAGAAACACAUUAUAAACCUUGGAUGAUAAAUAAUUGUCAUACUGCCACAGAACACAACAAUCUUAUAACGAUUUUACAAGUGUCAAACUGCCCUCGGCAAACGUCAAACGGAUGAAAAUUGGAAUUUCGAGUCAGUGAUGGGUACGACGGUUUGACCAAACUACAGCCGUUCGAUAGCAACACUUGUCGAAAAUUGGUCAACUUCCAAAAGAGAUAACGAAUUUGUCGAAAUGGAAGAUUAUUGCCUUGAAUCGUUGAUACAAGUUGAAGGAACGACGCCUAUGCAAGUAACAAACAACUCGGCAGAUGAAAAAUGCGAUUUGUGUUUAGAAUCGUUUACAUCCAAAAAUCAAUUGAAACAUCAUAUUACAACAUCGCACAACGUUAUUUCUAAUAUCGAUGAAAUUACAAUUAAACAAGAAGAAGAAGAUAAUGUUUUCGAAUAUAACAAUAUGAUCAACGGGAUUAAUGUUAAACACGAAUGUUCAAUUACAACAGAUGUCAAAAACGAAUUCAAAGAUAACCAUACGAUCGACGGCAUUAAUGUUCAACCUGAAUUUGAUGAAAUGCAAGAUUAUUGCUUUGGAUCGUUGAUACAACAUGAAGAAACGAUACCUAUGGACAUGAAAGUAACAAACAACUUGCCUGACGAAAAAUGCGAUUUGUGUUUAGAAUCAUUUACAUCCGAAAAUCAAUUGAAACAUCAUAUUACAACAUCGCACAAUUGUAUUCCUGUGAUUGAUGAAUGUUCAAUUACAACAGAUGUCGAAAACAAAUACGAUGUUACUUACAAGAUGGAUUCUGAUGAAUUUUGGACGUUUGUCAACAAUACAUCGUUUUCGUCACAAACAACAGACGCUGAAAAAUAUCAACGCUUUCUACAACAGCGAAACCGAGUAUGUAAGAAAGUAGAUAAUAGAUCCGAUCAAUCCAACGAGGAAAUUAACAUUGAUCCGAUACCAAAUUUGCAACUAACGAACCCUGAUGCGGCGGAGCUAAUGCCGACGCAGAAAGAUAAACGAAAGGAACCACCGAAGACAAACACGGAAAGACAGCGCGAAUACCGAGCACGCAAGAAAUGGAAGAUGGAUAACCCUGAUUCGGCGGACUUAACGACGACGCAGAAAGAUGAGCGAAAGAAACCACCGAAAACAAGAGCGGAAAUACAGCGCGAAUACCGAGCGCGCAAAAAAUUAGAGAUAUAUAACCCUGAUGCGGCGGACUCUAUGACGAUGCAGGUAGAUGAGCGAAAGAAACUACCGAAAACAAGAGCGGCAAUACAGCGCGAAUACCGAGCGCGCAAAAAAUUAGAGAUAUAUAACCCUGAUGCGGCGGAGCUAAUGCCGACGCAGAAAGAUAAACGAAAGGAACCACCGAAGACAAACACGGAAAGACAGCGCGAAUACCGAGCACGCAAGAUAUUGAAGAUUGAUAACCCUGAUGCGGCGGACUCUACGACGACGCAGAUAGAUGAGCGAAAGAAACCACCGAAAACAAGAGCGGAAAUACAGCGCGAAUACCGAGCGCGCAAAAAAUUAGAGAUAUAUAACCCUGAUGCGGCGGACUCUACGACGAUGCAGGUAGAUGAGCGAAAGAAACUACCGAAAACAAACAUGGAAAGACAGCGCGAAUACCGAGCACGCAAGAAAUUGAAGAUGGAUAACCCUGAUUCGGCGGACUUAACGACGACAAAGAAAGAUGAGCGAAAGAAACUACCGAAAACAAACAUGGAAAGACAGCGCGAAUACCGAGCACGCAAGAAAUUGAAGAUGGAUAACCCUGAUUCGGCGGACUUAACGACGACAAAGAAAGAUGAGCGAAAGGAACCACCGAAGACAAACACGGAAAGACAGCGCGAAUACCGAGCGUGCAAAAAAUUGGAGAUAUAUAACCCUGAUGCGGCGGACCCCACGACGACGCAGCUAGAUAAACGAAAGAAACCACCGAAAACAAGAGCGGAAAUACAGCGCGAAUACCGAGCGCGCAAAAAAAUAGAGAUAUAUAACUCUGAUGCGGCGGAUUCUACGACGAUGCAGGUAGAUGAGCGAAAGAAACUACCGAAAACAAACACGGAAAGACAGCGCGAAUACCGAGCGCGCAAAAAAUUGGAGAUUGAUAACCCUGAUGCGGCAGACCCUACGACGCCGCAGAUAGAUGAGCGAAAGGAACCACCGAAAACAAGAGCGGAAAUACAGCGUGAAUACCGAGCACGCAAGAUAUUGAAGAUUGAUAACCCUGAUGCGGCGGACCCUACGACGACGCAGAUAGAUGAGCGAAAGAAACCACCGAAAACAAGAGCGGAAAUACAGCGCGAAUACCGAGCACGCAAGAUAUUACAACCUGCCAAGAAUGUCGCAGAAGAGAUGGAAAUUCGCGACGUAAACCAUUCGUACGUUUCGCCACCUUGCUCUCCCGCCGACCUACAAUUCGACAAGCGCUUCACGUCACAAAACUCGUUGACACACAACUCUGUCAAAGAGUCAUUGCAAGUUUGGGACGUGAGAUUGCGCUAACUGGUAAAAUGAUCAAGUGGCACCAAAGUCUACUCAGCGCACUCUUCAAGAAUAUAGAUGAAGAGAAGAAAGUUCUACAUAUUUUAGAGAACAAGCAAAAGAAUAUGAACACCCUACAGCGUCCAACCAGAUCCGACGUCUAGCUGUCUUACUCGGCUGAAAAAUGGGCUUUUUCGGUUAUUCGCCAGGGUUAUGUACCAGAGCUAAGACAUGAAAAUGUCAAUAUUGUAUGUUAUUUAUAAUUAAAAUAAAAUAAAUGGUUAUUUUUUGGUAUUGAAAAAAAGUAUGCUGUGAAAUUGGGUUGGUCUGAUCUGGGGUUCUUAAAAUGUUGUUAAAAUAUGACUAUUUUUAAUAACAUAAUUUAAGUACAGGAUUAGUUGAUCCGAGUUAGAAAAUACAAGUAAUAAAUCUUAAAUAAAUAUUUUAAGAAUAGGACCGGUACUUGAAUGGCAUCUACGGUCUAAGGCUGAAACUAUAGUAUCUCAAUAAUCCUCUAAGUUCUCCCAUUUCAUUAAGUACACUGUCAUUGGUACGGAACUCCAUUAGCAACCUGCGCCAGCACCACAUUUCGAAGCUUUCUAAAUAUCUUUCUUCUGCUAUUUUUAUCACCCAAGACUAUUAUUUGUAUAGAGCCACGCUCCACACAAAUACUUUUAACUAAUCGUUUUCUCUUAUGGAUACUCAUCUCUCUGGAGCAUAGUAAUUUCAUGCAGUUCAUAAAUGCGGGUUUCGCCUGCGCUAUCCUAGCUUUAAUUUUCUUAGUGCUCUUGCACUUGGUGAUUCAACUGCCUAGGUUUAUUAUAUAGAUGUUUACUUGUUCUGAA